AUGCGCUGCACUCACUGCGGUGGCACUAGUUUCGACGAGGAUCGUGCUCGGGCCGAUCUGGUAUGUCUUGACUGUGGAAUGGUCUUGAGCGAAAACGUGAUAGGUUCGGAAGUAGAAUUUGUGGAAACUAGUGCAGGUGUAUCGGCUGCUGUUGGCCGUUUUGUUUCGGACGAAAGUCAGGCGAUCGGACGGGAGUCGCGACAGGUGACGGAGGAUAGAGCCCGUCGACGAAUUGGCACAAUCUGUGGCCACCUACGAUUAAGCAAUGAUAUAGCCACUUCUGCUUUCCGCUUCUAUCAGAGUGCUCUGUUCAGAGGGAUUACACGUGGACCAGGUGCUCUCCAGGUGGCAGCAAGUUGUGUCUAUCUGGCCGCACGUCAACUCCUCAGCGAAGGCCUUCUUCCUUUCAUUUGGUCGUGUUCAGAAUAG